AUGUCCUUUGUCUCCUAUGGUCUUGGCAACAUCAUUGGCACUGAGAUCUUCUGGGCCAAAGACGCGCCAAAGUACAUCCCGGGCAUAAUCGCCGUCCUGGCUCUCCCCACCGUCCCUCCUUUCAUUUACUACCCGCUCCGAGGCAUCAACUUGCGCAUGAACAAGCAGAGGAAGGCGCGGCUGGUCCAUGAAGACGUCCAGUGGGAACGUAAGCGCUACACCUUCGUAGAUCUGACAGAUAAACAAAACCUGUUCUUUGUGUACACCGCAUAA